ACUUCAAAACACUAUGCUUCAUUUCGAAAAAGUAAAGUAAUUAUUAUUUCCCGUACUACUUUUAUAUUGAAAAUAUCCGGUCACAAGGGUAAAGUGUUGACUUCCACUAAUCUUGGCUCUACGCUUCCGGAACUGAAACCCAAAACAUCAGGACCCAGGCACGUUUGUUGUUUAAUUCAGAUUGUGAUUGAAUCUCGGUGUGGACGGAAUGGAGGUGCGCUUCACGCGAGGCAAGUCCGCGAUCCUCGAGCGCUCGCUCACGCGCCCCAAAACGGAGGUGAGCGUGAGCGCGUUCGCGCUGCUCUUCUCGGAGAUGGUGCAGUACUGCCAGAGCCGCGUGUACUCGGUGUCGGAGCUCCAGGCCCGGCUGGCAGACAUGGGUCAGGGUGUUGGAGCCAGUCUUCUGGAUGUUCUUGUGAUGAGGGAGAAAAAUGGAAAAAGAGAGACCAAAGUUUUAAACAUACUUCUCUUUAUUAAGGUAAACGUAUGGAAAUCAUUAUUCGGCAAGGAAGCAGACAAACUGGAACAAGCCAACGAUGAUGACAAAACGUACUACAUCAUUGAAAAGGAGCCUUUGAUCAAUGCCUACAUUUCAGUACCGAAAGAAAAUAGCACAUUAAACUGUGCAGCCUUCACCGGGGGCAUCGUGGAGGCUAUCCUAACCCACAGUGGCUUCCCAGCCAAAGUCACUGUCCACUGGCACAAGGGAACCACACUGAUGAUCAAGUUUGAUGAGGCGGUCAUUGCUCGUGAUAAAUCUCUUGAUGGCAGAUAGCAGAUUG